CCAGACCAGGAACCAGGGAACCGGCCGCAUCGUCCAUGUCGCCAUGCCACUGCAAAUCCCCAGCUCGCUGCGGUUCCUCGCCGUUGGGGCUGCGCUGUCGCUGCUCCUCACCACAUUCCUGGUCUUCUACGCCCACUCCUCCUCCAAUGACGUCGCCAAGUAUGCGCUGAAGACAGCGUCGCAGAAUCCGGACUGUCUCUCCUCCUCAUCCAACACCACCGACUCCGACUGGGAAUUCAUCUCCUCGCGCGACGCCGACAACCUGGGACUGUCGGAAACACAAUGCCGGCGGGCAUUCCCGAAGCUGUUCUACGAGCUGGACAAAUCCGUCGCGUCCCGGAAAGACAAGCCCAUCACGUUGAAGGAACUGGAGAGCAGCCCGGUGGAAGAUGGGAUGGUGAGGGGGGUGAUUGAUCGCGGCGAGCUGUACAUCCUCGACUUCGCCCCCCAACCACACACCUUCACCCGCGCCAAAAGCACCCUGCACGCCCUGCACCGCUCCCUGACCUCCGACCCCUCGCGUCACACUCUCCCCACCAUCUCCUUCCUCCUCACCACCGACGACUUACCCCCCAGCACCAGCAGCAGCAGCAGCAUCACCACCCCCCCAAUCUGGAGCUACACCAAACAAGACCACCACACCCACGUCUGGCUCAUCCCCCCCUUCACCCACUGGACCUGGCCCGAAGUGGACAUCCCACCCUACCGCACCGUGCGCCACCAAAUCACCACCCUCGAAUCGGCCCUGCCCUUCGAGCACAAAACGAAACAACUCCUCUGGCGCGGCGCCAUCGCCCCCAACCCGCCCGUGCGCAACGCCCUCCUCGCCGCCGCCCGCGGCCAAAGCUGGUCCAGCAUCCACCCCCUCGACUGGGCCUCCCCCGCCAGCCUGCAAGCCACCCGUCUCCCCAUCUCCGAGCACUGUCGCUACCAGUUCCUCGCCCACACCGAAGGCCGCUCCUUCUCCGGCCGCGGCGCCUACCUCCUCAACUGUCGGUCCGUGCUGAUCUCCCACCCGCUGGUCUGGAGGGAGCUGCAUCAUGCGGCGUUGGUCAAGACCGGGCCCGAGAUGAAUUACGUCGAGGUGAAGGGCGAUUGGAGUGAUCUGGGCGAUAAGAUGCGGUUCUUGCUGGGGAAUGAGGAGGUGGCCGAGGGGAUUGCCGCGAGGGCGGUGCGGGUCUUUAGGGAGAGGUAUUUGACGCCGGCGGCGGAGGCGUGUUAUUGGAGGGAGUUGGUGCGAGGGUGGGCGCGGGUGGGCAGGUUUGAGGGCGUCGGCGAGGGGAGGGAGAGGGGGGUGCCGUUUGAGGAGUGGGUGUUGAUGAAUUGA